AUGUUUAUUAUCCCGGAAUUCAACCCCCAGUUGGACAGCCACGACCUGCCGCUAGCGUCGGUGGCGGCCAACAUCAUCACCUACCAGGGCCGCAUCAGAAACGUCUACGACGCCCUCUUGAUUUUGGAAGGGACAAGACUCGACAUCCUCCCCACCAUCAACCGGAGAUUAACGCCCCCCGAGCGCCAACAGUACAUCAAGCCGAACACCAUCUUUGUUUGGAAUGAAACCAAGUGCGGGAUGAAACGCUGGACCGACGGCAAGUUGUGGCUGGCGCUGAAAGUGUACCACGGCCAGUUUUUGAUUUACAAGCAAUUGGAUAAGGACAAAAACGUCAUGCCCAACGGGCUUAUCAAGCAGCUGUUUCUGGUGGUGAAUAAGCUUAACCACCGCCUCCAUUUGAUCUGUUACUAUCGCCAUGACGACCAGGCGCCGCCGCGGCGGCGCAAGCGCCGGCGCGUCGCGGCGCUGGCGCUGGGUGAAGCGCUGCUGGCGCUGCUGGAGCUGGACGACGCCGACGAUGAUGACGAGAUUAGCUUCCCCGGGGUGAGCGUCCCCUCGGAAGACGAGCGCUUAGCUCACCUAGAGCUACUGAGGGAGAUCUAUUCGGAUACGUUAUUGGCAGAAGUGCCCAAGCGGCGCAAAUCGCGGCGCCCGGCGCUGGCGCUGGCGUUGCUGGUACCAUCACUGUCGGCGCUGACGGCGGCGACCCCGGCGCUGGUGGCGCCAACGACAACGCCAAUGCUGCUGACGCAAACGACGACGCCGAUGCUGCUGACGCUGUCGGUAUUCUCGGCGCUGCUGGCGCUGAGUUGUGGCACCACUCCUCCGCCGUCGUUGGCGCAGACACUUAUGAUGUCGCCGCCGCCGGCGCUGGUGGCGCUGGUAGCGCUGAAGCCGCGGUCGCCGCCGGUGCUCCCCGUGCCGCUGGCGCCAGGGUUUCGCCAGAAGUACUCGCAACCCGAGGCCUCGGCGCUCCAAGUGUUGGACCGCACCUUCACCGCCUAA